AUGAAGCUGCGCGAGAACGACAUCAAAUCAGCCGGUCUCACGCUCUUGUAUGAGCCAGACUGGCCCAUCGACCCGGUGGUUGACAUCAUUCUGGUCCAUGGUAUCGGGGGGCAUCCAGUUUUCACAUGGAAGCUCGAACGCCAGGGGCAGAUGCCAACGACACCAAAGACAACAACCACGCCCCGUUCGGGGACCAAGAGAAGGCUGACGAAAUCGCCGGCGGCGACGCCCUUGCUGAGAUCUAACUCGGAACCUCUGCUUCUUGCGCGAAACCAGCGGUCCCUGAGCAGAUCCAGGAUCCCGGCUGGGAAGAACUCGGCCGACUCCUCACCUCGAGUCGGCCUGGACCGAUUCGCCGAGCCAGGAAAGCCGGGCUCUCUAGGAAGAUCGAGGACCGUUCUGCGCAAGGCGUCGCCCAGGUUGUCACCAAGGGAAAGAGUUGCCGAGACCGGGACCGAUGAGCCUGGCCUAUGGGCAGCAGCAUCCGAUGUUGACGCGUACUGGCCCUUGGACUUCCUGCCGGCGUCGUGCCCCGGCGCGAGGGUAUUCACCUGGGGCUACCACACGCUCGUCAGCAACCGAAAGGCGCUCCUCCCUCAGGGUGAUAUCUUUGCCCAUGCCCAGGAACUAUUGAUCGAGCUCGCCAGCAGGCGCACGGCCCUGGGGGCCGCAGCGAGGCCGCUCCUCCGUCUCUCCGAAGCUGAGAGGGAUGGGCCGCUAAAGGAGAUCCUCCUGUCGACUUCCGCCGUCGUUUUCCUCGGUAGCCCGCAUCGUGGCACAGAACAUUGCAACUUGGGAGAUGCCGUCCAAAGCAUGGCCGUCGCCACUCUACACGCCGACCCGAGCGAUUCGCUUCUUCGCGAGGUAUGCGGAAUACGCGCGCUCGAGCUGGAGCUAGGCCGGCAAACAUUUGUGAAGCUUUGGAACGAGUACAACUUCAAGGUCAAGACGUUCCAGGAAUCGGUCAUUGCAAGCUAUCAGUACCCAGAACUGAGGGCGGAAACGACAAUACGGCGCCUGGCGAGCUUCAUCGGUGAUCCGAGGGAGAACCCAGAGACUAUUUAUGCGCUCCAUAACGAUAUCUGCAAGUUCGGAUCGGCCCAAGACCAGGGAUACCGCGCAUUGGUCAAGACCCUGGCGGCCAUCAUCACCACCGAAGAAGACGGACGCGCCUCGUUGAAUGCCAGAGAGACCGAAUGUCUGUUGGCUCUCAGCCACACGCAACCCGCAGUUCCCGAGCCAGUUCAAGCAAGGGCUUACCCUGGCACAUGCCUCUGGCUGUACGACCUGCACGAGUUCCAGACGUGGUGUCACCGUCAUGGGCCAAACAAGCAAAAGAUCCUGUGGAUAAGGGGAGAAUCAGGAUCCGGAAAGACGAUUUUACUAAGGUCGCUCCAGAAACGCCUCGAGAGACAAUGGGGCCCGGCAGGCGCCUCAUUCAUCUGGGUCGCCGCCGAGGCCGACGAUCUAACAGGAGGUGCCAACACCGGACACCGGCGUUCAAGCCCAGCCAGUAUUUACCGCAGCCUUCUCGCCCGGCUCUUCUUACAAGAUCCGUCCCUCCGAAAAGCCCUCCUUGCGCUGUACAACCAAACACGAGACGACCCGCAAACGUUUGAUGACGCCCAGAUCUCUGCCUUCUUCGCCGACUAUUAUGCCAACCAGACAGCCCGAGCACGGGCCCGGAGAACCUUCAUCUUCGUCGAGGUUUCUGACGAUGCGUGCCCGUCGUAUGUGCACGAGCUGCUCGGCCGCCUGUCUCAUCUUGCGCACAACUCCGACUUUAGCAUCUGUCUCGCGAGCGGCCACCAUCCAGAGAUCAUCCAAGAGGAGAACGUUAUCAGUAUUGCGAUGCAUCUGCGCAACGCCGAUGAUAUCCUGCGAUACGUCAAUCUGAACCUGAUUGCCGGGUGGCAAGAGCGGAAUCGGACGGUCAACAGGAUUGCCGAAAAAUCGACCGGCGUGUUUCUGUGGGCGGAGAUCGUAGUCAACAUACUGAACGCAGCCAUCAUGGAGGGUGCCACACGGGACAUGAUCGAGCAUACCGUGGAGGAAAUCCCCGGCGAUCUCUACGGCCUGUACGAGUGGAUGCUGUCGACCCUGAACGACCGAGAGCGGGCCGAGUCUCUUCUCCUCUUCCAAUGGGUGAUGCUCGCUGCGGAGCCCAUGCGGCUCAACGACCUGUUCCUCGCCAUCAGACUCACCGAGCCAGACCCCUUCGCCUUGUUCGAGCGGCUCGGUCCGCUAAUGGCGUUCGACAUUGGUAUGCCUUUCUCGAUGCGCGAGCUCCGCCAGCUCCGCAACUCCGAGAUCAGCUCCGACACGCCAUCCCAAUUCUACCGCUGGCUGCGCGCCCGCUCCAUCGGCCUCCUCGAGCUCAAAUCCGACAACGACCGCUGCCAAGGCCACCACCACGCCAACGAAACCCUUGGCCUGCAGCGCGUCUACCCCAUCCACCCUUCCGUCCGCAACUUCUUCCUCUCCGGCCGAGGCUUCGCUUGCCUCACGACCGGAAACCCGUCCAUCCCUUCCAGCUUGCCCCUCUCCGACUUUUUCGACAUCACCCACUACACCAUCCUCCGCGCCUGCCUCACCUACCUCAACAUGCGGGACUUCGAAGCCCUCGGCCACGGCUGCGCCCGCCGCAGCCGGCACAAGCCCUUCCCCCCCACCACCUCCUCCUCGUCCUCGUCCUCCUCCUCCUCCUCCCUAACAUCACCUUCCUCCCCCCGCCAGCGCCAGGACGUCCCAUUCGUCGAGACGACGACCCUCCACUGGUGGCACCCGCCGCCGACCGUCUCCUCGCAGCGCCACCUCGUCAUGUCGUCGUACCCGUUCCUGCGCUACGCCGUCGCCCACCUGCUGCACCACCUGCUCGCGCCCGUGCCGUUCCGCUACUUCCUGCCGCAGGCCGAGCUGCUGGCCGUCCUGGCCGCCAACCGGUUCCGCCUGUGGAAGCGCUGGACCUCGCUGCUGGGAACGUACGACCCGGACGUCAUCAUCGCCCUGCACGCGUCGCCGUCCCGGAUGGUAGCCGCGUGGCUGAGCCCCGUGUACGGGGCGCGGUAUCGGCUGGGGAGGGUGCUCAGGAAGGUGGCGCGGCUGGCGGCGAGCGACUCGUACAACACGCGCGCCGCUCGUCCCCCAAUGUACGCACUUGGCGGCCAUGCGCGCAGAACACUUCUCCCGCGCGCAAUGCGCCGCGUCUGCGCGCAGCAGGCCAAUUAUGCGGCGGCAUCCAAACCGAGCGCCACUUUGGAGUUGCCCAACGACAUCGCGGCGAGCCUUCAUAAGGACGGCUCCUGGGCGGCAAUGCGCGGCAAGCGCAAGGGCAAAAACACCGACAAGUACCGCGUCAACAUUGUCAGCGAGAAGCUGUGCGACGACACCCUGAACUACAUCAAAUCGACCUUGACCCGGCACGAGGGAUGCGAUCUCAUCGACAUCUUCCCGGGCGCCGGCGUCUGGAGCCAGAAGCUCAACGAUCUGCUCAGACCGCGCUCUCACAUCCUUAUGGAGCCCGACGAGGAAUUCUACAAGCCCUAUCUCCAACCACUUCUCGACCGGCCCGGCGCCCGGCUACUCCCCGAAUCCGGCAUCGUCUGGGAGCAGCUCAACAAGAUCCUGAGCCCAGAGGUGCUGCCGCACCAGGUCGAGCGCAGGUACAGCCCCAAGGAGAUGCCGGAGCGCAACGACACGCUACUCGUCACCAUGAAUCUGGCCAUGUACCCGAAGAGGAGGUUCCGAACCUUCGAAAGCCUCGCCCAGCUGGUUCUGUUUCAGGUGAUCUCCUCGAUCCGCCCCGGCGGCCUGUUCCAGAAGUACGGCCUCGUGCGCAUGCUCAUAUGGGCCGAGAACUCGGAGAAGAUGUCGAUGCUGCCGCGCACCGUCCAGCGGCGCAAGAAGAUGGCCAUCGAGGCAGAGAUUGCGACCGACUGGGUGUGCGAGAUCGUCGGCGGCGAGCAGGACAUCUCGACCAGCGGGCGCACCCCAGCCUGGUUCCAGCGCGACGAUGCUCUCGAUCUCGAGAGCACGAUGAAGACGGCGGAGCGGAUGCGCGCGGGCGGGUUUGAGAUGCUGCCGGGGAGGGAGCCGCAGCAUCUGCGCGAGUUCCUCGAGGUCGCAAAGCUCAACGACCCCGCCGCCUUCGCCAGCAAACACACGCACGAGCGGCCGUACAUGGCCGAGCUGGAAGCGCUCGAGGCCGCUUACUUAAAAGGGGAGCUUUCCACAAGCUCCAAGGAACACAAGCGAUACAAGAGCCUCCUAUACCUACGCAACCACACCCUCAGGCGCUCGGAGAUGAUUGUGAAGAUGAUGGAGGAGUACUACGCGAUCAUCCAAGCCUACAUCGACGCCGGCUCGAACGAGAAGCUCCUGGCCAAGGCGCGCAAGCGCGGGCAGGCGUGGGGCGAGCGGGCCAAUAGCCUCGAGCAGGCGGCCCGCAGCGACCUCCUCCUCCACCGCGACAACCUCCACAUCCUCCGGCAGGAAUCGCCCAUCCUGAACUGGGACCGCCGCUACGUCGAGCCCCUGCGAGCGACCCCCGCCGAGUUCUUCCCCCAGGUGCCCUGCACCCUUCUGGACAUCCAGCCCAAGGCGGUGCCCGGGAUCCUGCGCGACAUGGGCCAGCACUCGACGCGCGGGGGCGACACGUUCGACCUCAUCCUGCGCGGGCUCGUCCAGCGCCCGAUCGACCCGGUCACCAAGUCGCUCAACAGCAUCGCCGCCGGCGCCGGCGAGGGCAUCGUCCCGCGUUGCCCGAGCCUGCUCGAUCCCCGGAAGGGCGGGAUCCCGCCGGGCCUCCUCGAGCAGCCGACGCGGACGCUCAGCCAGAGCCAGAUGGUCGAAAUCGCCGAGGCCUGGAUGACCUGGCCGUUCCGGCCGAGCUAUUCGGAGCUGGUGUCCCGCACCCUUGAGGACAUGGAGAGUCCCGACGAGGAGGACGGGAAGUUUGCUAUGUCUGAAUAGAGAGGAGAGAGGGGGAAUUUCCAAAGUUGCACUCAAGACGGCACGGCAUGCAUGGCAAGGCGUAUAUGGGUAGACGGCGUUUUUCUGUACUAUGUAUAUAAGGGUGUAUCGCGGAGCAUAUGAGGCUCAGAUCUUUCCCCGGUGUUUCGGGGUGUGUAUAUCUGUUAAUGUAUGUACAAGUAUCACAACCAACAGUCUCCAUGGU